ACUUGAUUAUUUAUUUUAGAAAAACUAUAACAAACGAAUUCUUAAAAAGAAAAAAAACUGGCAAGGGAAAAGCAUAGAAGAAAGAAAAGAAUCGAGAAAUUGAGUAUUGGGUUGAGAAGUGAAGAAGAUGGCGUGUUUGCAUGACCACAGUUGUGAAGACCAUGAUUGUUCCUCUGAUUGGUCUCUCUACAAACACAUCGAUCUCUCCAAGAUAUCUGCUUUGAAUGAGGCAACUCCUGGCAGUGUUAAAUCAGUUUUCAAAGCUUGGGAACACCGUUUGAAUUCUUCUGGGGAGCACUUGGAAAGCAAUGAGGGUGAUCCUGAGUUACUUGUAUUCAUUCCAUUUACUUCAGAUGUCAAGAUUAAGAGCAUAUCAAUAGUUGGUGGACCUGAUGGAACAAGUCCUUCCAAGAUGAGAGCGUUCAUCAAUCGAGAUGGCAUCGACUUUUCAGAUGCACAAAGCAUGCAAGCCAUUCAGGAAUGGGAUUUGGCUGAGAAUAUGCAAGGAGUAUUGGAAUACCAGACAAGAUAUUCUAAAUUUCAAAGUGUGGGAAAUAUUACAUUGCACUUUCCUGAUAAUUUUGGAGGUGACAUUACAAAAAUACACUACAUUGGCCUUAAAGGCGAAGCUACUCAGUUAAAAAGGGAUGUUGUUGCCACUAUUGUUUAUGAGCUUAUGCCAAAUCCUUCUGAUCACAAGACACGUGCCGAAAGCGGCGGGGGUCUUUCGCAUGUCGGGUGAAACUGCAUUUGAUGGUUUUAUUUUGUUACUUGAUAACCAUCACAAUCCAACCUUCAUGUCCUUGUUUCCUCCCACCUUUCUAGCAAAAAGGAAUACAUUUGGAUAGCUAAAAAAUUAUUAUGCAAUGAAAUAAUUUGAUCCUGGAGUCGAUGUAAGUUACGUAUGAAAUUCCACUGCUAGUUUGAUACUUGUUGAUCUGAAUGAUGAUGAUGGAUAACAAUGCUGUCAUGAGUAUGACAAUAUAAAUAUCUUGUAGAACAAAGGAAACGCUAACAUUAUGAAUUUGUUUGUCUAUGCUAUUCAAAGAAUAUGUCCUUUUGGCAAAAAGCAAUGAAAAGGGUUAGAUGCGUUUUUUGUUGGUAUGUAA